CACAAACCCCUUACACCAUAUCACUAACGUAUUGCAUACAACGAGGAUUCUUUUGUGUUGAGUAAAAUCAAAAAUAUAAAGUUGAGUAAAAGAAACUCAAUUUUUCCGUAUUUUCCGUGAGUUUUUCGUCCAAAAGCAGCGUAAAAUAAAGCAAUUUAAUGGCUGGUGUUAAAGGUGAUAAAGCAGCUGUUGAGUACCUUAAAAAUUGGAGAAUACCCCGAGACUUUACACCAGAACAAAUUAUUGCCUCCAGAGAUGGAUUCUUCCUUCGUGAUGAAGAGAGGAUUAUCAAAUUCUCCGGGAAUAGGAACACAAAGGAACCACAGAUUACCUUCUUCGAGGAUCAAUGCAAUGGAUUUCUGGAGGAUGAAUUUCUUCCAUGCGCUUGUCUUCCCGGAACGAAUAUCUUGGGAGCUUCUACACGUCUCAAUGGUUGGAUAAUCUUCCACAAUCACGGCGAAGGAGAUUUUUCUCUCAACUUCUGCAGCAAAGAUGGAGAGAUUCAGCAAGAAGUAAAAUUGUGCGAUGUCUUCGAGGAGGAUUUUCUCCAGGAACUCUCAUUGGAUGAAUCUCACAUGCAAUGCAUUGAAUUUUCCCCGACAAAUAUGGACUUUCUGUGCAUGUUCCUCAACAUUGAUGCCAGCUCAGUGCUGAUUGGGAGGGAAAUUGUGCUCUUUAGCAUGGGAAGUGCACUGAAUGUGUUGAAGAGGAACCAGGAUGAUGAAUGGGAUGUCUCCAUGGUGAAAUCCUUUGCAGAGGAUAUCAAAUGUCUCUGGUAUUCUUCGCAUUUUGAUGCUAUCUUCACUAUUUCCGCCCUGGGAAUCGUUAAAGUUGCCUUCUUGGUGGGAAAUACCAUCAAGGAGGAAACCAUCUUUCUCACGCAGAAAUAUCUCAACAUUCCCAAGCUUCUCUCAUUGGACAAACUUUGCGGUAUUUCCUGGACAUUUGUUGAUAUUAUUGCAAUAUCAAGGAGUGAUGAUGACAAAUUUUCAUGUUCAUUAGAGAAAAUUUCCCUUCCUGGAGUCGUUGAUGUGAUUCAUCAUCCCAAAUGGAAUGAAUUCGUAGCAGUAACUGAAAAUAAAUUCAUCUAUGUGCUGCAGGAAAAAAGGGAACAACAGACACAGCAGAGAGUUCCUGAUUGGAGGAAAAAUCGUGAAAACUUCAAAGAGUACAUUUCAAAUCUCAUGGAGAGUAGCACGAAGAUUGUCAUGGAAGCCAAAGUGGAUAAUCACAUUCUCAACUGUUUGGGCUUUUUGAGGAAUUUCUUCGUGGCAACGCACGAAGUAACCAUCAAGGUGUCCCUGAGGCAAUCUCUGGGUGAGAAUGUUGAGAUUGAUGUCCAGCCGAGUGAAAAGAUAGCUCAAAUGGACUUUUCGCAAGACACUCAGUGGUCUCUGGCUGUGUUCAAUGCUACUUUUUGUCAACAAUUCGCCCUUAAAGCUAACCAUUCGGACACAUUUAGUUUUAUGCUGCCUGAAAAGCAACUAAUGGAAUCUCCAUUGAAGGUGGAUGUAUCAGUGGAAUUCUCACUGGAAGGGGAACACUUCCUGCUGACUUAUCCUCUUCGAAUUGUCUUCAGUGCUCAAGGAGCAUCCCCGGGGAAUCCUCUGGUGGAUUUCUACAGCAAAAUUGAGGCUCUCGCGGGGACAUCUGUUGCGGAGUACGCAUCCCAGUGGGCACAAGUUGAGCAGCUGAAUGAGAAGAAAUUGAGCACAUUAGCGCUGAAACUGCACCGAAUGAUUGUUGAGGGAGCAUCAGCAGUGCAGCAAGUGGAACAAAUGUAUGCGGAAUUGAGAACAAAAGAUGCGGGUUUGUAAAAAAUGAAAA